UCGUCUGAGCUGUGCAAGAAGUCCGAAGUCGAAAAGAGAUCAAUGGGGAAGAAAAGGAUGGGUUGGUCUGUAUUCGCUUUUGGGAUGGUGAUAAUGGCAUUGGGUGCAAGCCUUUCAGAUGCCGAAAUCUCAUGCACUGAGGCCUUGAGAUCAUUGAUUCCCUGCACACCAUUUUUAGUGGGUUUUGGCUCAUCGGCACCGAACGUUGUUUGCUGCAUGGGUGUUCAACAUGUGUUCGAACAGGCAAACACCACCACAACUCGUAGAGACCUCUGUCAAUGUUUUCAAAAUGCUGCAUCACAGAUUGGUGCUUUGCCUGAGAGGGUUAAAGAGCUUCCCCAGUUCUGCAAUAUACAUGUUACCCUGCCCAUUAACGACGCCAAUGUGAAUUGCAGCAAAAUUCAGUGAUGGAUUGCAAGAAUAAGUUACAUGGGGCCGGGAGAUCAACUAGGAAGAAUGAUAUAUAUGUAUGCAUGUGAGAAGAAACUACAUGAAUGAAAGGAUCUCAUGUUCUUUUUCGCUUGAAGAAUAAUGGUAAUGCUAUGGGCAUGUUUAUGAAGAAUAAUAGACAGUAGUACUGUCAAUAAUUUAUCAAACCCCCUUGAUAUGCUUCAAAAAUAUAUGGAAAUUCAAUUUAUGGGAGGCUUUAGUUCA